AUGCCUCAUCGCAUCUGCUCUGUUGAGAUUAACAACAACUCUGGCAGCUACACUCUCUCCAACCCAAGGGUGUUCACAGAGAGCGGAUGUUGUGAGGUCCCUUUGCCACCUAUGGUGGGUCCCUGCUCUGCUGCCAGCGCAAUGUUCAACAAGACCACUGGCAGUGCAACCGGAUCCGUCGGCGUCUUCACCUAUGACCUUUUCAACUACGACCUGAACGACUACAGCCACGUCAUGGCGGUCAUGUUCUCCGUGCCCUUUGAUCGAAACAUGUACUCCAACUGGUUUGCUGUGGGGAUCUUUGAGAGAGGAAACAACUGCGACUACAAUCUCUAUGAUGUUAUGUAUAAUGGAAGUGAAAACAAUUUUGUAAGAGCAAAGGCUGACGGCUCCAGCAUUUCUUACGAGGGCGAUUAUGUUAUUGUCAGUGCCUCCAUGUCAGACUCAGGUGAAGCAGUCCUGAGGGUGGAUGUCAGUGAUACAGGCAUGUAUUAA